CAAUCGGUCAGCAGUUUUUGCUGUGUCCUGCGUGUUGACUUUUGGAUCUCAUGAUGCUAAGCCAGUUCGAGACCGACGCAACUCGAACUCGCAUUGAAAUGGGUGCAACGCUUGUGAGCUCUGGGAAGCACGCGCACAAGGCGGAGCCAGAGGAACAACCGGACAGUGAUGCAGAGACAGAGAAGGACUUCAACUUCACUACAGGCAUUUCCUCACUACAUCACAUGGCAGAUGAAGAGGAGGGUUCUGGAGGGGAGAAGUCGACGGUUGAUGCGCUGGUGAAGCCAUGGACCUCCGUGCACUCCUCGCGCGCGGCACAUGACGCAGCCCUGUUUUGGGGAACACUAUAUUCCCCUCCAGCACCUAUGUUGCGACCUGCCCGCGUCCUGUGUGUGGCUCGAAGGUACAAUCGCAAGGACAAAUAUGUCGACUUUGUGGGGGAGUAUCACCUGGACCUCAUUCAGGAAUUUGGGGGGGCACCAAUCAUGGUGCCAAGGACGGUGGGCACACUUAGCAGUCUCCUGGAAUAUCUGCCAAUGGAUGGAUUGUUAGUUGUGGAAGGCAAUGACAUUUCCGAUGAUGUCCUGAGAAAGUACCAAUGUUCGAUCCCCCAAAGAUUGGAAGGAGAGGCUGCAGAAAAGUUUGCCAGCGACACUGAAUUCGACAUCUCGAAAGACGAGCUGGAAUGCGCUUUGAUGCGCUUUGCUCUCAUGUCGGGAUGUCCCAUCCUGGGUCUUUGCCGUGGAUCUCAGAUGUUGAAUGUCUUGAGAGGCGGCACACUUUAUGGAGAUCUGGCGGCCGAAACUGGCACAACCAUUCAACACUUGCAACCCAAUGGGCCUACAUACGACAGCUUCCGUCAUCCCAUCGCCGUACACAAGCACACACCACUGGCGACAUGGUUUCAAGAUACCCUGGGAGACGAAGGAGGUGAGCUCAUGGUCAACUCCUAUCAUCACCAGGGCUCCAGGGAGUUGGGCAAGGGGCUCCUGGAGAUGGCGUGUGCCCCUGAUGGCAUCACCGAGGCCUUCUAUGAUGAGAAGUAUGAUCCUGAGAACGGAAACUAUCUGGUGGGCUUGCAGUUUCAUCCUGAACGCAUGUUGGGAGACUACCCUGGCUGCAAACGCGUCUAUGAGAAUUUCCUGCGUGCAUGUUGCACCUUCCGACAGCGAGCAGAUUCUUUUGAUCAGUGAUCAGCGAUCCUAUCAGUUGGAACUUUGAGAGUUUUUGGAUCUUUUCGAUCCUUUGCCGUCCUUUGGAACGCAAAUGUUGGCUAACGCUGACGUUCCCGGGGACGCAAAGACAAGAGAGCUCUGUCAAAGCAUUUUGCAUGCGGGAACUGCAAAUGAUCUGCGCUGCCACAGCUGGGGACAGCACGGCGCGCAACCUGAAGGGGUCCCUGAGAGGCCCCAUUCUGAGGCCAGUUUGAAUGUUUAAAGAGUCGGCAGUCGGCAACCUGGUGGCCAUAUGGAUGGCCACCCCACGGCCAUUUAAUGUUUAGAGGUCCAGGUUCUGGUGCAUGCCCGAAUGCGGAAUUUUUAGACAAGGAACUUCCUCCAUGUAUAGCGGCGCCCAUUUUGAGAGCGCUGAGUGAGAUGACAGCGACGAGGUUGCUUCAUCCUGAACUUCGGCCAUUCAUAGGGUGCGGAACGCGUUUGUGG